AUGAUGAGUAAUGCUAAUAAUAUUUCUUGUGAAAUACUUAAUCAAUUUUAUGGAGUGCUUUUAUAUAAAAAGAAGGAUAUAGUAGCUAUUCAGGAAAAGCUUGGUAAUAGUGGUAAUGUAAAUCAAACAGCAGUGCAUAUAGAGCCUGUGCUCGAAGGAAAAACACUUGUUAAUUUGUAUGAAUUGUUGAUAGAUUUAAUAAUAGAAAUAUUACCAAUAUGGGAUAAUCUCAGCAUUGAUGGCAAUUCUAUUCUAGAAGAGGCACUUCGAAGCAAUAAAGCUUCUAUGGAUAUCUCAUUUAGAGAAAUAUUUAAUUUGCUUAUAUAUUUGGAAGAGGAUAUAAUAGCAAUUCAGGAAAAGCUCAGUAUUGUCAGUUAUUCUAAUCAAGAAGCUGAUAAAAAUGCAAGAGGGCUUCCAUUAUUUCCGAAGCUUUCUUCUCAACAAUUGCACGAAGUUUUCGUAAAAAAUUUAGCUAAUACCAAUCAAUGCCCAUGUUUAGAACAACAUUUUGAUAAUACCGAUCUUGGGCACGUUUCAUUAAUGUGCCACCUGGUCGAUAAAGCCAUUUCCUCACUGCAUGCUGAAUUAUUUUAG